AUGCAUAUUCCUUUCUCCGCAAUCGCCGUGGCAGCUGGUAUGCUCGCCUCCCCUUAUGCCGUGGCAGCUCUAUCCGAAAGGGAUAUCCCGGCCGAUAUCCCCGUAUCAUCCCUGUUAUCGUCGGCACAAGCCCAUCUCUCACGUGGUGAAACAACGGAGGCACUCGUCUACUACGACGCAGCGGUUGCGCGCGAUCCUUCCAACUACCUCACUUUCUUCAAAAGAGCAACGACAUACCUUUCUUUAGGUCGAACAAACCAGGCUACAGAAGAUUUCAACGCCGUGCUUUCAUUAAAGCCGGGGUUCGAGGGUGCUCACAUACAACUAGCAAAAAUCCGGAUUAAGUCCGGUGACUGGGAAGCUGCGCGGGAGCAGUUUUUACUUGGUGGGAGAACCCACAGCUCCCAAGAUAUCCUCGACCUCAAUGGAGCCGAAGGCGCAAGCAGAUUGGGCACGGCUGCCGAGAAGGAUGGCGAUUGGGAGACUUGCGUUAGCCAAUUGAGCACUGCCAUCACAGUCGCACCCAGGGCAGCAUCUCUCCGUGAGUCUAGGGCCCACUGUCGACUUGAGAUGGGUGUUCUCGAAUCCGCUAUAACGGAUAUGCAACAUGUGCUACACCUCCAACCCGGGGACGUCACACCUCAUCUUAAGGUUGCAGCGAUGGCAUUCUAUUCACUCGGCGACUUGGAGAUGGGCCUGGGCCAGUGUCGAAAGUGUUUACAAUCGGAUCCCGAUUCAAAGCCAUGCAAGAGGCUGUUUAAGUGGCAGAAAUCGCUCACUAAGACGCUCGAAAAGGCGUCAAAGGCACUCCAAAAUGCAAAGCCGAUGUCUGCCAUCAAAGUCUUGGUCGACUCGGCUGACGAGCCAGGGCUUCUGAAGGAGCUUGAGGACCAGAUAUUUGCCCUGCAAGGUGAGGGAUUGCUGCCUACCAGUGGCCCUGUUGAGCUUCGACAAAGGGUUCUUGAAAUGAUCUGCCAGGCAUAUUUUGAGCAAGGUAAAGGAGCCUUGACCUUGAAGAUUAUGAGGCCGCGACAGGAGGCAGAGAAGAAGAUGGCGGCGAUUAACGAGGCCUACGAGGUCCUAAGUGAUCCAGAGCUUAGAUCGCGCUUUGACAGGGUGAUGACCCGAAUGACCAGACCGCCCAAUCAAAUCCUUUCGGGGGGCCCAUUUCAAGGUGGAGGUCAUCCGUUUUUCUUCCAGAAUGGUCACGGUGGUGGGCAGAAGUUUCAGUUCCAAUAUGGGUUCUGA